AAACGACCAGCCGCCGGCGGAGCGAAGAAGGGGCAGAAGAUCACUAAGAAGUUCAUCAUCAACUGCUCCCAGCCCGUCAACGACAAGAUCUUCGAUAUCCAAGCCUUCGAGAAAUUCCUCCACGACCGCAUCAAAGUCGAUGGCCGCACUGGAAACCUUGGCGACAGCAUCCAGAUCAGCCAGCAGCCUGAUGGAAAGGUCGAGGUUAUUGCGCACCAGGAGUUUUCGGGCCGUUACUUGAAGUACCUCACCAAGAAAUUCCUCAAGAAGCAGCAGCUCCGUGACUGGCUCCGCGUUGUUUCCACCUCGAAGGGCGUGUACGAGCUCCGAUUCUUCAACGUUGUCAACGAUGAGGCGGAUGAGGACGAUGAGUAA